CACGCCAUAGGCCAGUCUGUAUAUAUUAGUACUAUCCCCCAUGUUUGUUACUAUGCUAUACUACAUGUUUACACUGUUGUAUGUUUAGUAUAGCCCACUGCAGCUCGUCAACAUGACACCCCAACACACAACUCCCGUCCUCAAGGACCUCAACAUUGACAACAUUACAGCCAACACCAUUGCCAUCAACUCCCAAGGCAGUGAUGCGCGCAUGCAGUAUCUUAUGGAGCGCCUAGUGACGCAUAUGCACGACUUUGCCCGUGAAACGCGCCUUAGCACAAAGGAGUGGAUGGCUGCCCUCAAUUUUCUCGUCCAAGUUGGGCAGAUAUCCAGCGACGUCCGUCAUGAAUUCAUUUUGCUAUCGGAUAUUCUUGGCCUCUCCCUUCUGGUAGACGCUAUUGAUCACCCGAAGCCGCCUGGUGCUACAGAGGGUUCACUCCUAGGCCCAUUCCACACACAUGAAGCCGAGUCCAUUACUGACGGCGAGUCCAUGUCUUCAGACCCCAAGGGUGAGCCAUGUAUCGUUAUUGGAUCCGUCAAAGAUGCACAAGGGAACCCCAUCUCUGGUGUCAAGGUCGACAUCUGGGAGACGGACUCUACAGGACACUACGACGUACAAUAUAACGAACGAGACGGUCCAGAUGGGCGAUGCUACAUGCAUUCUGACGAUAAUGGCACAUUCUGGUUCAAGGCCAUUGUCCCGGUUCCGUAUCCGAUUCCACAUGAUGGGCCAGUAGGUCAGCUGCUUAAGCUACUGAAUCGACACCCGUGGAGACCGUCGCAUAUGCACUUCAUGCUCGAGAAGGAGGGCUGGGACCAUCUCAUCACGUAAGUCUGCUUCUCAUUAUACAUUAAAAUACUAACGUAACAAAAAAGGGCUGUAUAUCUCCGAGGCGACCCAUAUGAAACUUCAGAUGCUGUGUUUGGCGUCAAAGAGUCCCUCAUUGUCGAGUUUACACCAGCCGAUCAGUCCACAGCCAAGCAAUACAACGUCGCCGUCGGCACAAAGGUGCUCCGACAAGAUUUCAUUCUAGUUAGCAAGGAAGAGGCAGACGCACUCAAAGACAAAAACGCCCUUGAGGCCAUGGCGAGCCUGGGUCGGCGAAUGAAGCUAGUCGAUCACCUUCCGGUACCCGACUUGGAUUAAUUAAAUUUGUAUUAAUUUCAACGCUAUUUACCAACUCCUAUCCUCUAGACUUCGUCAUCAUGUCAAAAGACCUUUCUACAGAGCCAGAAUAAAUGCACCCACAGCCAAGGUAAUAGCGGCGAUGUGUACAGCUUCCGUCAUGGCACCACUCUUCGAAUCACCCUUACCGUUUGAAACACCAGCCUUGGAGUGCGCACCGCUAAGCUCAGGUCGGAUACAACUGACAUGUGCAAAACCCGGCUCUUGGUCCUUGGUCGAGUUACCGGUAUACUUGGCAAAGACGGUAAGGACGGCGGUAAAGUCGGACGUCAGUGACUUCCAAAUCAGCUCAGAUCGGUUUGCGGGCAGAACCGUCUCGUUCAUGUCCUUGUGUAUCUCGUCGUUCACCUUCAUCUCGUAACCAUUCUGAUGGGUAGUGCUACCAGUGAGAUAGCGAAUGGGCAGCUCCGGCGCUAGAGUCUCGUUAGUACAGCAUAUCAGAUACAGAAAAGGCCUACUUACUGGCAAUGUAUCGGUCAAAAUCAAGAUCCACGCCAUCGCACUCUUUGGGGAUGUCAUACGGAGGGGAACACGCUGUGCGAGGGUUCACAGGAAGGUCGCGCGUGAUCCUAGCAGGCAUUCUAUCAGCAGUAGCCGCUGCCUUUUCUAGCGCCUUGAUACAAGCAUCCGACAUCCAUGGACUACAGUCGCCGUCGGGCUUUGUUGAUAUAUUCUUCGGCGCCUUGUCAGGCUGCUCAUAGCUCUGGGCGCCCCAGGAUACAAAGUGGCACAAUGUCCACGACUCAUCGACGUUUUGGAUCACCUUGCCGCCAGCCUUGCGUAGCACGUCCCUCUCUGUCGCAUUGGCGUUUGUCUCUGGAUCGACCGUCGUGUAGAGAGACUCGGGGGCCAUAAUACGCAGGUCCCAGCCCAUCUCGAUGGGGCUCAGAUCAACAGCAGUGAUGUUGAGCUUCCAGCCGUCCAUCGGCGACCCAGGGUACGGCUUCGUGAUGUCUCGGCCGGGCAGCGAGUAUACAGCCGAGGCAUUGGAUGCCGCCACGGCUCGCUGCCAUGCGUGAGUACUGGCAUCGAGAGGAUCGAGGCCGCUGGUGGUGCCGAAGCCGCCCCAGCCGAAGAAGCCGGCCUCGGCGAUGUUGGCGCCGCCAAGGACGAGGAGGAGCGCGGGGGAAGCGGAUUGGCGCAUCGUGGGCGAGAUUGGUGUCUGAGCUGGGAGGAUUUUCAGGAUCAGCCAGGCACAGGGGCGUC